AUGAAGAUAGAAAGAAAGCCUAAAGGACUUCAUCAAACCAAAUAACCACCUUUAGUUCAUAAGUUAAAUCAAACCCUUUAUACCAACUGCUUCAUGGCCAUAAAACACUAUGUGCUUUGAAGCUUCACCUUUCUUUGUAUGGCUCAACCCAUCAUCAUCAUCAUCAUCAUCAUCAUCCUCAUCCUCACCAUAUGACACCAUGAUGUUCUCUAAAGAACAAGAUUUCCCCUAUGAAACAAUCCAAUGCCUACCCCUACUCAACCGAUUACUCGACCAAGACGAAAAUGGUACAGUUUUAAAGAUCAAAGACGAGGAUGAUAUCGAGAAAGUGGCAGUAUCAUUGCACAUCGGUUUACCUAGUUAUGGUACCGAAACUACAGGCGAAUCGGUGGUUUCUAACAAGUUGUGUGAUGAGUCUGAGGAAGAAGAUGAACAAAAGAAAAGGGAUAUGAAGGCAAACUUCAAUGACCAUCAUAACCAUAAUUGGUACAACGUUAACAAUGACCAUGAUCAUGAUCAAACUAGGUUUUGGAUACCAACACCAUCUCAAAUCCUUGUUGGACCCAUGCAGUUUGUCUGUUCAUUAUGCAACAAGACCUUUAAUAGAUACAAUAACAUGCAGAUGCACAUGUGGGGACAUGGAUCUGAAUAUAGGAAAGGACCGGAGUCACUUAAAGGCACACAACCAGCAGCCAUGCUAAGGCUUCCAUGCUAUUGUUGUGCUCAAGGGUGCAAGAACAACAUCAACCACCCUCGAGCCCGACCCUUGAAGGAUUUCCGUACUCUUCAAACACACUACAAGAGAAAGCACGGUGCUAAACCGUUUACAUGCAGGAAAUAUUGUACAAAAAAGUUUGCGGUCAAGGGAGAUUGGAGGACACAUGAGAAGAAUUGCGGCAAACUAUGGUAUUGCACUUGUGGAUCGGAUUUUAAGCAUAAACGGUCACUCAAGGAUCACAUUCGCUCUUUUGGAAAUGGGCAUGCUCCACAUCCUUUUCUCGAGGGGUUUGAUCAUGAUGAAUAAAGGACGUGUUACACGUUAUGGAUUGAAAUCAUGAGUUGAUCAUAGUUAAUUAACCGAUGAAACUAUUGGCACUCUGAAGAUUGGUAGCAACCAUCGUCAAAGUGCCAAUAGAAUCAUUACUUCUCUUUUUAAUUUUUAAAUACGAGUCAUGUUGUAAGGAUGGAAGAUCUUCUUAAAGCCAUGAAGUCGAUAAAUUUUCAUCUCUUUAUAAGUGAGAGGAAAAAGUAUAUGAAAUAUCUCUCCUGAUUAGAGAAAAUUUAUCAGCUUCAUAGCUAACCGUUGAUCUCCACCAUAUGGGUUUGAAUUUUCUUUUUUUUGUGUUUCGUUAAGGCUACAACUUUAGUUUUCAUGUUAUUUCUUUGUCAAUCUUUCUCAAGCAUUGUCAAGCUAACAUAUUUAUGGCUAGUUUGCUUGUUAGAUGAGACAUGUAACUUCAUCAAAUGAUUUCACACGAAUUGAAUGAGCCAAA